AUGGUGAAGAAAGGGAAACAACUCAGUGAAGGAGAGACCAGGCUGCUUCUUGAUAAAUAUCAAAGCUAUCUGAGCCGAGUGGGGCCCAUGAAAACUUUUAAGAACAAAAAAGCCAUGUGGGCAGCCAUCUCGGAGGAUAUUGCUAAUGACCUCGGCUCCCACAAAACAGCAGAUCAGUGUCAGAACCGUUUUAAAACUAUAAAGAAACGCCGGACGGAACGGAAACAGCACAAUGCCUCAUCAGGUGCAAAUCCUACUCUGUGUGAAAUGAUGUGGAAGAUACACAUGCACAGAGAAGAGCAGCGGGAACGUCGCCACAAAGAGAAGUUGGAGGUUUUGCGCAGUCUUCUGGCUCCUGAAGAAGAUCUUGAAGCCUAAUGGUAGGCGUGU